AUGGAUAGAAAAUCUGCUAGAAUAAAAGCAGAGUUGCAAAGAUAUGGUUGGAGAGUUUCGAAGAAGUUUAAAUAUAGGAAGGGAAGACCCAUAAAAGUCUAUGACAAAUUGUCUGGUCUUCGCUACGAAAUGGAUUUGGAAACAGCACGUGCCAAUUAUCCAAACAGACUAGAGAGGUUAGAAGAAGAACGUCUUAUGGACAUGCCUUUCGAUGUUAGUGAACCUCAAGUUGAAGGACACGACGGCUUUGCCAGAUUCUACUGGAAACAUGACGAACAAUUGCAUCCUUUGAGAAGGAAAAAAGGAAAAGGUGAAGACACACAUGCUCCCAUGGAAAGAACAAGAUAUGCAUAUGAAAAGUACCGUGAAGUUAGAAGUCAAAUUACAUCUGGUCGAACUUUUACAGUAAACUUUGACGAAGGAAAGAACAAAGAAGGCUUCAUGGGAGUACUUGCUGCCAUACAAGACGGAAAUAAGAAAGGACACAAUCUCAGAUUGACCAUAACAGAUUUGGAUGGUCACAUUUACUAUGCACAUGGCAAUGUCACAAAGCUGCAAUGCUUCUUGACGCUUUCAAGACUA